AUGGAGAGCCUUCAGGAGGCAUCAGAGGCGACAGCAGCAGCAGCUGCUGCCGCUGCUUCCUCCAUGCUGCUGCAGCUGUCGCCUGCAGCAAGACUUGCUGCUGCUGCUGGCGCUGAGCCCCAGGGCUGGCUGGAGGUUCCUGCUGCUGUUGCUGUAUUUUUUGCCGCUCCGCUGCUGUCGGACACAGGAGUUGCUGCAGCAGCAGCAGCAACAGCAAGUUCUCUCAGCGGCCCUGCUGCUGCUGCUGCUGCUGACGGCAGCCGCGGCAUGCUGCAGCUGCUGCAGCUCAGCGUCCAGCGGCAGCAGCAGCAGCACCCCAGCCUCGUGCUGCUGGAGACCCCAGAAGCUGCUGCUGCUGCUGUUGCUGCUGCGUGGGCGCAGCUGCAGCAGAGCAGCAUCGGACACCGCCUUCGGCGCAUGCUGUGGACGAACGCUAGCAGCAGCAGCAAGUGCAGCAGCAGCAGCAGCAGCAGCAGCGGGGCCAUUGAUGAGGCUCGCUGCAGGGUAGGGGCUCUUGCUGCAGCUAUAAGAUCCUUGGUGGAAAGUUUAAACGAAAAAGACUGCUGCCUGCAUGCUCUUUCAGUGCAGCAGCAGCAGCAGCUGACGGCGCUGCAGCAGCAGGCGCUGCAGCGGCAGCAGCAGCAGCUCGCCGAAGCAGCUAACGCUGCUGUACGUACACCCCACCGCCUGCACAACUUCAGCCACAAUUAUGAUGACUUCACGAACCACUGGUCACGCGCAGCAGCAGCAGCAGCAGCAGCAGCGGGGCUUGCUGCUGUUGCGCUGCUGCUGGCAGCAGCAAAUUGCAGCAGCGCAGCAGAAGGCCCUGCAGCAGCAGCAGGAAACUUCGCAAGGCUGCUGCUGCGGUGCACGGGGCUCCCGUGGCUGUGGCGGUGGAUUUGGUACGACAGCAGCAGCAGCAGCAGCAACAGCAGCAACGGCAGCGGGGAUCUAGUGAGGGACUUCCAGCAGCGCCUGCAGCAGGACCCAGCGGCAGCAGCAGCAGCAGCAGCAGCAGCAGCAGGACACUACCAGCAGCAGCAGCAGCAGUUUCGUUCGGAUUUUGAUACCGGGAUGUCUGCGCUUUUCAUGGCGCUGGCGAAAGAGAAAAGCGCUGCUGCUGCUGCUGCUGCUGCGGGGCCCUAUGGGUGGCAGCAGCAGCUGUAUCCUGCUGCUGCUGUGCCUCUGCAGCAAACUGCUGCUGCCUUCGAAGCAGCAUCUGCUGGCUCAGCUGCUGCUCCCCGAUUUGUGUAG